AGGGGGUCUUAAAAAAAAAGCCACUGAAAAGGAAGGAAGCAGACAAACUCAAAAUUUUCUCCAAAUCCAUCCAUCCAUCCAAUCACGCUUCACAUCUCUCUCGCCGGCAGCGCUCCUUCCGAUCUCUGAUCUCCAAUCAACUCCCUUUCUCUCUCUCUCUCUCUUUUCCUCUCUCAACAAAACUAUAUAUAUAUGUAUAUAUAUAUCAUCAAAAAUAAAAAAUAAAAUAAAAAAUGAUCACAAUUCCUUAUAUAACCGCCUUAACAACCUACUUCAGCUACGGUUUACUUUUCGCUUUUGGUCAAUUACGUGAUUUCUUUCGUAAUCUCGUUGAUUGGUGGAAAGAUAACAAUCUUCAGGGUUAUGCACCGAUCUGCUUAGGUCUUGAAGAUUUUUAUAUUCGUCGAUUAUAUCUUCGUAUUCAGGAUUGUUUUGGACGACCUAUCUCGAGCCCUCCAGAUGCUUGGUUUGAUGCGGUGGAACGUGUUUCUAGUGAUAAUAACAAGACACUCAAGCGGACUAAAAAUGUACGCAGGUGUCUUAACUUAGGAUCGUAUAACUACCUUGGAUUUGCUGCAGCAGAUGAAUACUGCACGCCCCUUGUAACUCAGUCUUUAAAAAAAUACUUUGCCAGCACAUGCAGUAGCCGUGUUGAUGGAGGCACUACAGCACUGCAUGCCGAAUUAGAGGAGGUGGUUGCUAAUUUUGUUGGGAAGCCAGCCGCUUUGGUUACUGGCAUGGGUUAUGUCACCAACUCUGCUAUCCUUCCUGUCUUGAUUGGAAAAGGAGGGUUAAUAGUUAGUGAUUCUUUGAACCAUAACUCCAUAGUAAACGGUGCUCGAGGGUCGGGUGCUACUAUUACUGUGUUUCGACAUAAUAUGCCGUCCCAUUUGGAAGAGGUAUUGAGAGAACGUAUUGCUGAUGGGCAACCAAGAACACAUAGGCCUUGGAAGAAAAUUCUUGUCGUUGUAGAGGGGAUAUACAGCAUGGAAGGGGAAAUUUGCAAGCUUCCUGAGAUUGUUGCUAUCUGUAAGAAAUACAAGGCAUAUGUGUAUUUGGAUGAGGCUCACAGUAUCGGAGCCAUUGGGAAAACAGGAAGAGGUGUGUGUGAGCUUUUAGGCGUGGAUACUGCUGAUGUGGAUAUUAUGAUGGGAACUUUCACAAAAUCAUUCGGAUCAUGUGGUGGUUAUAUAGCAGGAUCAAAGGAAAUUAUUCAAUACUUAAAAUAUAAUUGUCCAGCUCAUCUAUAUGCCACGUCUAUAUCACCUCCUGCUGCUCAGCAAAUUAUAUCUUCAAUAAAGGUUAUUCUUGGAGAGGAUGGCUCUAGUCGAGGUGCUCUGAAGCUUGCUCAAAUUCGUGAGAACAGUAACUAUUGUAGAUCAGAACUGCAGAAAAUGGGCUUUGAGGUUCUAGGGGAAAAUGACUCACCGAUUAUGCCCAUAAUGAUUUAUAAUCCCGCAAAAAUCCCUGCCUUUUCAAGGGAAUGUCUCAAACGGAAUGUAGCGGUUGUUGUUGUCGGUUUCCCAGCCACUCCUCUACUGUUGGGUAGAGCACGUAUAUGCAUUUCCGCUGCUCAUUCACGCGAAGACAUCGUUAAAGCUUUAGAGGUUAUAAGUGAAGUUGGCGACUUGGUCGGCAUUAAAUACUUCCCUGCUGAACCCAAGAAGCCACAACUUGAAGAAGGCAGAGUUAAAACAGAGUAGCUUAUCUGUUUCCGGGUGUGCUAAAGCAAUCAAAUUCCUUGAAAAGGAGCUGCAGAAUAGAACUGUUUGUUCUGCUCAUCCAAGUGUAUCUGUAUUUUUGCUGAACUUGGUCUUGAGACAUUGUACAGAUGCUGCUACAGCUGCAUUUACAGCGUGCCGCAAGUAUACGUGUUUAGUGUUGUACGUCUUUCAGUCUUUGAUACAUUCUUCACUCCAAACCUAUGUUUGAUAAAACUGGGCAUGGUUUUGGCUGGAGAACAAGAUACCAGCUAAUAUUUGUUUGUUUGAUUUUUUUGUUCUUAUUUCUUAAGUUAUUUAUAGAAUAUUGUAUAAUUACUCUUAUGUAGUUAUCACUAAUUUUGACAUUAA